CUUUUAUCGGCCCGCGAAGCAUCCCAAAAUUGGGCGAUGCAGGAAGCGGACCGUGGUAUUCUUGCACGGCAUUGGCAUGGGUCUCUCGCCAUACCUGGCCUGGCUCAGCUCCAUGCCCAGAGACAUUGGCAUGGUAAUUAUCGAGUUCAUGCCGGUGUCUGGUCGGAUCUGCCCACAAGCCGUCUCGCAGCGCGAAUUUGUCAGCUCCAUGCGCAGCAUCCUCUCACAGCAUUCUCUCGACGAUGUUGUUCUGAUCGGCCACUCCUACGGCACACUGAUGGUGCGCUCCCUCCUUGACGACCCCAUCGUCAACAGCAAGAUCCACUCGGUCGUGCUGAUCGACCCAGCGUCCAUCAUGAUGCACCUCCCCGAGCUCGGCUACAACAUCAUGCGCCGCCGGCCGCGCAACGCCCCGGAGCUCGAGAUGCAGUGGUUCGCGGCAGCGGAUCCGCGUACGGCACACACGCUCACGCGCCGGCUACACUGGCAGGACUGCAUCCUGUGGCGCGAGCAGCUGGUCGAGAAGCGCACGACCGUUGUCAUCGCGUCGCGCGACUGCGUGACCAGCCCCUCGGCGACGGCGAGCUACGUAUACUAUGGGCACGUCGACUACGAGGAGAGCGACAAAAAGGAGUGGCGCAAGACGCCAGAUACGUGGACAGGCAGGGGCGAGCUGGAGCUGUUUUACCUCUGGGAUCGGGACCACGGGCAGAGCUUGCUCGCGCCAGCCGAGAUCAAGCGGAUCACUCGCAUUGUCGAGACGUACUGCGACACGGGGCUGGAUCCGACGGGCAUUCUGAGACGGGACGAAGAAGGAAGCCAACUGCCCUUGGCGUCGGGUGAGGACGAGAAGCCCUCGGCCUUCGCAGUGGAGAACGAGCACAGUGGCAGCGGGGGAAGCGUGGUGGAGCCUGGCGAGCAGGCAAGUGAGAAGCACUUCGGCGCGACGACAAACUCGGCCGCAGUGUAAUUAGACGGGGAGUGCAUUUGCAGGCGAGACCUGGCAAUAUCGGGACCUAUAUAUGACAUGACGGC